UCAGUACAAUAUGACUCGAAUGCCGGAUCUCAUGUAUGCAUAUUACAAACUUCUAAUGUAAAUCUACAUCUCUCGUUGUCGUGUCACCAGAUUCAAGAUCACAAAUUACCAUUUUCGGAAGACCGAGGCUUCAAUGAGGGGACACAAGGCAAACCCCUCUUCUUCAGACCCUCACCCCCACCUUCUUUGACACCACCAUAGGAAACCAAGGUUGACGAUCCGUUCGUGAAUACAUCGUUGCUGCAAUGAAGGCAGGUUGUCCGAAGAGAUGUCACUGUCCGGGUGUUUGACAUCCGAAGAGGCACGCGAUACAUAUUCGACGAUGCCUCUUACCCUUUUCACAUUGAACUCUGCUUUCUAUCACAAACAACAGAGCUUGACUUCAACUCGUUCGUACUCAAGAAAUCAUGAUUGGAGAUAAACCCUGGCCCGAAGUACCAAUUGGAAACAAAGACCAUGCCAAUGCAGCAGUAGUCAUCAUAGGUGCAGGCAUAUCAGGCAUGUGCACAGCUAUCGAUCUCGUCAAACAAAACAACUGCAAAAACUUCAUCAUCCUCGAAAAGAGCAGCGGCGUAGGCGGUACCUGGCACGACAACAAAUACCCCGGCGCUUGCUGUGACGUCUGGUCCCAACUCUACUCCUACUCAUUCGCCCAAAAUCAUGCCUGGACACGCGAAUACCCGGGUCAAGAGGAAAUUCUAUCCUACCUGAUGGGCGUGGCACAGGAGUAUAAUCUAUACCAACACGUUCGCUUCAACACCACUGUAGAAAAUGCAACUUGGGAUGACGAAGCAAAGAAAUGGAGGAUACAUGUCAGCACUGCGAAGGGGAGUAAAGAUGCUGAGUUUAACCCUGAGUACGAUAUCAGUGCCGAUUUCCUGGUUAGUGCUGUGGGACAAUUGAAUGUACCCAAGUGGCCACAGAUUCCUGGGUUGAAGGAGUUCCAAGGCAAGCUUAUGCAUUCUGCUCGUUGGGAUUGGAGUUACGACUUGAAAGACAAGAAGAUCGCUAUCAUCGGCAAUGGCGCCACCGCCGUCCAAAUAAUCCCAGAAAUCGCAAAAGUCGCAGCAAAAGUAGGAAUCUACCAACGCACACCCAACUGGCUGACCCCCCGCCUGGACGCUCCCAUCCACUCUUGGACAAGAAGUCUCUUCAAGUACGUUCCUCCCUUGAUGUGGCGAAAACGCGCCCUCCAGAUGGAUUUCCGCGAAUCCUUCUACCACAUCAUCGGCGAUACUUCCUCGCUAGGAGCAGAAGAGAUCCGCACCCUGAACAAACAAAUGCUGGAUACUGCUUUCGGCGACGAUGAAGAAAUGAAGAAGAAGUUGCAGCCGAAUUACAAUCCAGGGUGUAAGAGGAUUAUCAUCAGUGAUGAUUAUUAUCCAACUUUGACAAAGGAGCAUGUUCACCUGAUCACCGAUAAGAUCUCCGCCAUCACAAAUUCUGGAAUUGAAGUUGAGGGUGGAAGAGUUGAUGAUUACGACCUCAUCAUUUGCGCCACGGGGUUCGAAACUUUGGAUUUCAUGCAUCCGAUUGAGAUGAGAGGGUAUGCCGGAAAACCUCUCUCUGAAGUUUGGAAAGGAGGUGCAAAGGCUCUUUAUGGGAUCACCGUGGAGGACAUGCCGAAUUUCGGCAUGCUCUACGGCCCAAACACAAACCUCGGCCACAACUCCAUAAUCCUCAUGAUAGAAGCCCAAUCCCGCUACAUCAACGCCCUGAUCUGCCCCAUCCUCUCCGCCAGAAAACAAAACCUCUCCCUCUCCAUCCGACCCAAAUCCUCCCGCAUGAUCGAAUUCAACUCCCGACUCCAACGCGAACUCCAAAACUCCGCUUUCGCGGACCCGAAUUGUCAGAGCUGGUAUAAAAACGAUGAUGGUUUGAUUACUAAUAAUUGGAGUGGAAAUGUUGUGGAGUAUCAAGAGAUUACUGGGAAAGUGGAUUGGAAGGACUAUGAGAUUGAGGGGGAUGGGAAGGGGGGUUUGGAGGGGAAGGGGGAGAGUAGGAUUGGGAGGGUUAGGGAGGAGUCGAUUGUUAGUAAUGAGGUUUUGGGUGUUGUGGGGGUGGUGGGGGUGGUUGCUGUUGCUGUGGCUGGGUGGGUUGGUAGAGGGGGUGGGAGGUGGUUGGGUAAUUUGAGAGUGAGGUAGGAGGUGAGGUAUGUUGAAUGGUUUAUGAGUGUAUGGCUGUAUAUUCUUCUAUCUCUUGUUGCUCUGGUUCAUAUCUACAAACAGGCAAGGGAGUCGCACUGCUUCUGUUCUGUCCGUAUUCCUUGUCUACACCUUCC